AUGUACUCAAGUCACAAUAAUAACGGCCGUCAAGGACGUGGACGUGGUCAAGGACGUGGUCAAGGACUUGGUCAAGGACGUGGGCGUGGACGUGAAGGUCGUGGCUCUUUUCUCAGUAAUCGUGCUUGUUUUCCCCGUAGUCCCCGAUCUUCUACAUUCAAUGGAACUUCUUUUGACGCUGCUAUUAGUCUAGAUGAGAGUUUUAUUAUGGAGAUCCACGCGGCUCUCAAGUCACUCGUAGAGGAUGGCGAGCGAACGGAAAUGAGCUUUUCAUCUAGUUUUGACGCCACACAGAGACGCUAUAUCCAUACAAUGGCUCAGAAAUAUGGUCUUUUCUCCAAGAGUUCGGGGAAGAAAGCGGCUGGACGCUUCAUUCAUGUGGCAAAAGUCAAGAAAAAUGCGGCAAUGCAGGAGGUUUCGCUACGUUUACCAAGUGUACCUCUUAAUUCUACCACAGUAGAGUGGUUUCCGUCUGUUGUGAGGCAGUAUAUGGACAAAUACCCCGCUCCUUCAGUGCAGGACGGGGACUUGGACCCGUGGAGUGCCGAGAAUCUUCGUCCAUUGGUUUCAGUACCUAAGAGACAUCAUGGACGCGGGAAUGCGUCACUAUUCAAGCCUUUGCCAUGUCGAGGGAACCAGACAGGAGUCAAAACAGUGAGAACUGUACCGAUUGAAGCGACCAAAUUACCAGUGUAUAGAUAUCGCGAGCAAAUUUUGGAACUUGUUCAGACGAAUCAGAUUGUGGUGCUUUCAGGAGAUACUGGGAGUGGAAAAUCAACGCAGAUACCGCAGUUUUUGCUGGAUGACGCCUUAGCACAAGGACGGGGAGACGAGACAAGGAUCAUUUGUACUCAACCACGACGAAUUAGUGCAAUCUCGCUUGCAGAGCGUGUUGCACGUGAACGCAUUGGACAAGAUCCAAGGGAAGUGGGGCACGCAAUUCGGUUUGAUUCGUCGUUUGAUACAAAGCGGUCCAAACUUAUAUUUUGUACGACGGGCACGUUGCUCAAGUGGCUGAAUAAUGAUCCAUUUUCGCGUGGAUUUUCGCACAUUAUUUUGGACGAAGUGCACGAGCGUGAUCAGUUUACUGACUUCUUGCUUAUUCUUAUGAAGACGUCCAUUCUUAAGCGGAGACCAGACCUCAAGGUGAUUCUAAUGAGUGCUACCAUUCAAGUGCAAAAAUUCUCGCAGUAUUUUCAACCGGACUAUUCGGCGCCCGUACUUCAGAUGGCGGGAGGCACUAACUUUCCAGUGACAACGCUUUUUCUCGAAGACAUUUUGGCGCUAUUAGAGAGUGAUCGCACGUCGCCAUUGCCGAUUAUGGACGACUUGAAAAUCAACCACGUUGGAGAUGGGUUUACUAGUCAGAUGGGAAAAGCAGCUGCAAGUAACGGGCUAGAAUGUCCUUUGUGUGGUGGUGCUAGCUUCGCCGAUGAAGAAGCGUUCGGCAUGCACGUAGCGACCUGCUUCGGGGAGCCAAGCGCUGAACUUAGAGCACUACCUGUACCAAAACCAGAAAAUGUAUCAAUGCCCGUGCCUGUUGCUGCCAUAGGAGACGUUUUACAAGCCACACUAAGUGGGAUAGAUGUCGACGUCAAGGAGGCACUACUUUCAUCAUACAUGAAGCAGCAAGACGCGCUCCGACAGGAUCAGUCAGUGGACUACGAUUUGUUGUUGCAACUGCUCUUCCUUGUGAACCGUACUUUUCCGCUAGAUAAAGACGGAAAAGGAGCCAUUUUGGUAUUUCUUCCUGGUUGGGAAGAGAUUUCAUAUAUGGAGCGCGCUCUACUCAACUCACCAGCAACAUCAGUAGUAUAUGAAAUAGCUCUUCUUCACUCGCGCUUGUCAGCGCAGGAGCAGCGUCUCGCAUUCAUGACGCCACCGAAUGGGAAACGAAAACUGGUGCUGGCUACCAACAUUGCCGAAACAAGUCUUACUAUCGAAGACGUGGUAUUUGUUGUGGACUGUGGCAAAUCCAAGCAGACGCAUGCACUUGCCGCAACCUCAAGCUCAUCUUUUGUGAUGGGGCUGCAAACUACGUGGGUGGCGCGAGCAAAUUGUAUGCAGCGAACAGGUCGUGCUGGUCGUGUUCGUGCCGGUGUUUGCUUCCGCCUUUUCUCAAAGUCACGAUACGAAACCGCCAUGAAAGAUUUUAUGCCUCCAGAAUUGCUUACCACUCCAUUGGAGGAGCUGUUGCUGCAAAUUAUGCUACUUCAAAUUGAAAAGAAGCUUCACAUUGACAAUGCUAAAAAAUUUCUUUUGGAGGCGAUGGAUCCGCCAAGCGAGAAUACAAUUGAUGCGUCGCUGCAAAGACUGACAGACAUGCGUGCACUCGCUUACAGCAAGAAAGGAGACCGGACUCUGACCUUGCUGGGCUGGCAUUUGGGACACAUUUGCUCAAGUGGUGUAUCUGUCCAGAUGGCAAAGCUCCUGCUUUGGGGACAUACUUUCGGCUGCUUUGACGCAAUUUUACAGACAACAUGCACGCUGAGCGGGUAUCGGGAUCCGUUCAUUAGUUUCCUUGGCAUGUCUCCCGAAGAACAGCGCCAGGUGGCCGUUUCUAAGAAGGCGUUUGCCCGCAAUGGGUCGCCGCCCGCGCAUACUUUGCAAAGUGACCAUUUCGUUCUUUGGAAGGCAUUUGGUGCAUACCUUGACGCGCGAGCAGGGUCCUCAUAUAAAGCAAAGGAUGCGUUUUGUGCUCGAAAUAAGUUGCACCGACAGACUUUGGAUCAACUUGUUUCAAUUUACAAGCAGUUGCAGCAAGAUUUAAACAGGUUGGGACUCUCGGUCGCUACCCAGCUUGUGCCAACUGCAGUGUCAACAAAACCUGCAACUAUGGAAAGCGUCGCACCGUACUUGAUGGCACUCAGUAUUGGCAUGUACCCUAAUGCGUUGUUCACGCGUUCGGGGGUAAUUAGUCGUAACUGGACUUCGAAAGAAAAGGUGAAAGUGAAAAUGGAUGGUACUUCCAUGGUAAUGUGGCCCGAUGCUAAUGUUAAGAAAAACAAGAGAAAGCAUGGUUCUGAACAGGACGAGGUAGGCCCACCGGAUCAAUGGCUUGUGUAUCACGAAAUGAUGCAGUCCGAGCGUACUCGUGUUGCAAAAUAUGGUUCCAGGCUGCCGUCACGUUUGUUGCAAGUGCUUCUUAUGGGAUCGGUGGAAACGCAGUCGAUAGAGGAGCAGACUGCAAACGUAGAAGUUAUGAACGAUGAGUCUGUAGCUGCAAGUAAGUGGUUGGUUGUCUUGGAUGAUUGGAUCGUGUUUGAGCUGAGCAAUGCUGCUGAAGCGCAUUGGGUAGCGCUGCUGCGAAAACGUUUGCAUGCUGCCUUUGUUCGUCACUUAGAGCGCCUGCAUGCAAAUUCUCAAAGUGGCGAAGCCAAGGCCUUGUCAACAGCGGACCAGCAGCUCAGACAGCACGAUGCAGAUCUUGUUCAAGCUUUAGUUACGUGGGUCUCCUCUGAUCUGUGUCAUGAAUCCAGGCGUUAG